AUGCGUCUGUACGAGUCCUUCUUCGCCGUUUGCCUCUGCCUGGCCCAAGUCAGUUUUGCUGCAUUGCCACUGGCAUUCACCAAAUGGCCAACCACCCUUCGUGCUGGCGAGCCCGCCACGGUAACUUGGACCGGUGAUAUUGAAACCCCCGCCACCAUCACUCUUCGGAAAGGAUCAGCCACCGACCUAGGCGACGUGCAAGUCUUGACGACCGAGGCCACGGGAGGAACGUUUACCUUUACUCCCGAUGACAGUCUUCCUGGUGGAACUGAUUAUGCGCUGCAAAUCAAUCAGCCCGGACAAGUGAACUAUUCGGGCCAUUUGACACUGGAGACGUCUCCUGCGGUGAUUCCCCCGUCAAAGGGGCCCCGUCCAACUGCCGCUGCGCAUGACCCAAAGUCGGAGGAUUUCGAAACUGCCACCCAUGAUGAGAAGGACGAUGAGAUCCCAGAAGGCAACAACGGCGAAACCAUUUCACUAAACGAAACCACUCCCACCAAGAACACCACGUCUGGGAAAAGCGCCAUGGCAGCGCAAAUGCAAACCGGCGGAGCGACGUUUCGAAACACCUCGCCAGAGUUGCUUUUGGGCGCCGCGGGCAUCAUCUUCUACCUGACGAGAUGA